AUGGCGGUCCCACUCUACAUCCCACCUUGCAUUCACAAUCCCACCAGCAAACAUCACCUUCCACCGCAUGAUCAGCCACUGAGAAUCCAAAUUGAAGGACCCCUGGUCGCCAUCCAGAGGAUUCUGCCGGAUAUCCCGUGGCACCUAAGUCUUCUCAACCGAACAUUCCCACAACCAGCAGGCCCAGAGCUAGCCCGGUUGACGUACCAACAGAUAUACGAACGGGAUACAUGUCUCGAAGUUGCGGGCGAUCUGAUGAUGAGGGAUGAGUAUUUGGGAUGGGUGCCAGAGAACGUGAUUGACUACUAUGGGGUCACGUUUGAUCAUCUUGUCCCCCUUGAUGAGCCCAACCCCGAGGUGCUACAGAUUAACAUCAUUGAGAUUGAGGAUGAUAACGGUGCAGAUGCAAGUACGGGCCUUUUGUUCGCUGUCGGCCUGGUUGAGUAUAUUCGGAAGAAGGUCCUGGCCGUGCCGCGAUGUUGCCAGCCAAACCCCAGAACUCCGAAUCAAGCACACCGCACCCUGACCCCAAAUAUUCGCACCGUAGGCGGCCGUGCCAUCUCCAGAUCCGUAUCCAACACCGACACCUACCCCGCCGCAUUAUUGGAGCACGUCUCGUCCGGUGCCGCGAUCUUCGACUGGCUUGACGACUUGGCAUAG